UCACACACGCCCAAGGGUCUGCGGCUUUCACACUUUCAUGACCACAUUCCGUAGCCAUGUUGGUUCAAGUUCGGCGCAAGAAAUUGCGUUCCAGAGGAAGCGCGCCAACAAGUGGGGUACAACUUCGAGCUGGUAUACAAGCCCGACAAAUCAGGUGCAGCCAUGGACGGGGAGGGGAUGGUGGUGAAGCAAACCUCAGCCCAUACGGCGAAGCCAAAUGGAACGAUGUUCUUUGCUAUCGCGAUGGCCAUGGUUGGGGCAAUGAUGUUUGGGCUUGACCAGGGCAAUUUCGGAGUGGUGUCUGUCUUCGAGGACUUUGAGAGCCACUGGUGCGACAACAAUUUUGGUGAUGAUGCUCACUGCCACGGUGAGCUGGUGAAGGAGAACAAAGAGUGGGACGGCGGCUUCAUCCUCUGGGGUGGCACGCUCAUCACCUUUGGCGCCGCCGCGGGAGCGUUGACACUUGGCCCUGUGAUGAUGAAUCAGAUUGGCCGCAGACGGAGCAUUGGCAUUGGAGGGUUCAUUUGCUGCCUGGGUUGCUUGCUCGCCUCGUUCCUGUCCUUUGGCAGCAUCCCCGUCUUCUACGUGGGCCGCUUUAUCACGGGCUUUGGCGUCGGCGUGGCCUGCUUGGUUUUGCCAGUGUACAACUCGGAGUGCUCCACCCCGUCGAUCCGCGGUCUGACCGGCUCGUUUUUCCAGCUGAAUGUCGCGGUCGGCAGUCUCGUGGCCACUCUCGUCUGCACGUUCUACAAGAAUUGGGCAUUUGGUAUGUUCCUUCCAGGACUUGCGGGGGCAAUUCUCACGGUUGCGUCAUUCUUCCUCCCAGAGUCGCCCCGGUGGAUGAUGGCUUCCACUGGGGAUUACGAGAAGGGGAAGAAAGAGCUCCAAAAGAUUCGUGAGGGCAACGUGGAUAUUGAAGCAACGGAGAUGUGGGACGAGAUCCAAGCAGAGAAAGAUAUGACCGAGGUGAGCUAUGCUGGCCUCUUCCAAGAGCGCAAUCUUCGCAAGCGAGUGUUGAUAGCAUGUGGCCUUGUCAUGGCCCAGCAACUGACCGGUGUGAACGCCUUCCUUUCGUACUCUGGGGUGAUUUUCGGGAAGUGUGGCUUUGAUGAUCCCAUUUUGGUCACCCUGGUGUUCAAUCUCUGGAUGAUAUUGUUCGUCAUCCUUGGCCUCGUCCUGAUCGAUUCGAAGUAUGGCGGGCGAAGGAGCCAGCUAUUGGCUGCUACUGCCAUCAUGGGGCCGCCGCUCAUCGUAGCUUCCAUGGGAUUGCAGAUGGAGUGGAACCCAUUGAUCGUUGCAGGUAUGGUAUGCGUCUACGGAGGGGGGUUUCAGCUUGCUUGGGGGAUGGUGCCGUGGAUCUACCCCUCAGAAAUUUUCUCGAUGUUGGAGAAGGAAAAGGCAUUGUCACUUGCAGUGUUCGUGAACUAUAUGUUUAAUGCGCUGAUUGUCUACAUCACGCCAGUGUUGAUGAACUGGAGUAUCACAGGCACCUUCUAUGUCUUCGCAGUGCUGAACAUCGGUUGUGGACUCUUCGUCUGGACAUUCGUGAUGGAGACCAAGGGCAUCGCCUUGGAGUUGACGCCAGCUCUCUUCGAUCGUCCUAAACACAAAGGCGAGGGUUCAGACAGCGAAGACUCCGACAGCGAAGACUCAGACUAGGACUCAUAGCUUGGUCCGAUCGUGCCGAUCGCUCAGUAACGCACGGGGCAGCGAGGCACACUGCUGAGCCGAGAAUAUUCUUUGCAGUUGGUGCGUGGCAGCACCGCACAAUGUCGUUCACUAAUCCCAGACCUCCUCGCAAGGCGCAAAAAUCACGACGGGAGGUUCUUGUUGCUACUUUCGGCCUCGGUCGGCGGUCUGACUUGGGAAGUCCCGACAACAGCUUUUGGUUCCUGAAUUUCCUGGACCCUGAACUCGUUUCGAGUGCCAGCACGAACGUGCGCGAAAGUGGGGGUCUGAAGAUAACGAAUUCAAUGACAGUGCCUGGGACCGCUGGGGCGUGAGGAAGCCUGCUCCGCGGAUUGCCGCGAUGCGUCUCCCGCCCCCAGGUCUCUCUUUAUGUGCAUGCAUGCACGCCGAAUUUCGCACGCCCCGCAGCUUCCUGUAAUUGCAGCCAGGCAAAC